AUGUCAUCUACUCAACGUCGUUGUGCUGCUUGCCAUAUGCUUGGACAUAGCAGAAGUACUCAUAAGCAAUGUCUCAUGAACCCAAAGAACAUUUCUCUCCACAUUCCUCAAAAGAGAACUAAUGUAGAUGAAUAUCCUGCAGAAAGUAGCCAAACUGCUGCCUUGAGAAUAAGAAGUGAGCCUGUCCAAGACCAAAAUUUGGACAUAGAAACAUCGACUUCUAUUUCAGUUUCUGAGUUGACUGAAUUUCCACUCGCAAAUGAGACUAUUACUGAAGUUCUUGAAGCAGUCAUGGAAGAAGAGAUUGAGGAGACUUCAUCCGAUGAAGAAGUGACUGGAAGAGAAGAAGAAGUCGAGGUAACUUCAUCUGACGAAGAAGUGACUGGAAGAGAAGAAGAAGUCGAGGAGAUUUCAACUGUGAAUAGAGGAUAA